CAGAAUCAAAUCCUUCCCGACGAUAAAUCUUCUUCGCUCUCUAAUAAUUCCAGCUAUGAGCGAAUCAGCCGGAGCGACGCCGCCGUCGACGAUUGCCUCCAAAAAAUCAGCUGUCAAGAAGAAGAAUAACAGCUUUAGCGGGUGCUUAAAAGCCCCGUUCCGCUUGCUUCGGCGCGCAAGGGAUAUCUAUGUGAGGAGCCUUGGCGGCUGCGCUGGAGCAGGAGGAGGUGCGCGCGGUGGUGGGUUCGCGGCCGGCGUUGUGGCGUUGAUGCCGCGAGCGAGAAGCCGGAGUGCGUUCGGGCAGUCGAACCGGUACGGUUCAGGAGAGGAUGAUUUUAGGGAUCUGGUCCGGGCUAGUUCCAAGGGAAGCGCACCGGUGGGUGUGGUGACCAGGUCCCAAAGUGCGCCGGCUAUUGAGAGGAUAGAGGAGGAGGGGGGCGAGGAGGAGGUCUAUGAGAGAAGUCAGAGCUGCGUGGUGCCGCCGCCGGCGGCUGGUGGGAGACUGGUUCGCCGUUAAUUUUAAUCGCGCUUCAUGAUCAUUAGCCAACCAGCUAGCUGGCCGAUCCCAACUGUUUGUUAUGUGCAAAGCUUUUUGUUUUACUAUUUCAACUCUGGGAUUUAAGCUAGUCAUAGUUGAUCUUUCAGCUCC